AUGGCGAUCCCGUGGGACUCCAUCCGGUCCCUCCUUAUCUUCUUUGGCCCUAUACUAUUACCAAAGGCCAUAUCAUACUAUCGAUCGGUCAAGGCCUCUUCGCAAGCCCGGCAUGCGCCUAUAGUUCCCGUACCGCCCAAAGUCCGCGUUGCGCUCGCCCUCCUGGCCUUCUUAAUCAUCAGCUACAUCCUCAAGACAUUACCGCCGUUCGCACCCGAGAACCUGUUCCUUGCGACCCAAAGCCGUCUCCAGAUCCCGGUCGAUGUUCUAUUCAACCGUGUUGCAGUUGGAAGACCCGAUAAUGUUCUCACGAAGCAAGACGAAGCGCUGAGGGGCAGAUUUGUCAACCUGGAGAGCCGACUGCUAUACUUGCAAUUUGGACCUGAAGUACUCGCGAACUGCCCGUUCUGCACUUCAGAAGAGCCAAAGACAUUCUUCUAUUAUGCUCUACCUCAACUCCUGUGGCCUCAUAUCGCAAACCUCUUCGCCAUCGCUUUCGUUACAAGUCCAACAUUCACAGGGCGAGCUGGUUCCCAAUGGCGACCAAAGGCCACAAUGGCAGCCAUGACCGUUACCGCUCUCGAUAUCUACUUUGUCAACUCUUACAACUACCAAGCCAACGCACGUGCUCUGCGUCUGCCGGAAGUUGACUUCUUUUACUGGACUGCUCGAGUCGCACGUCUUGUGACCCUCGCAGCUUUCGACGCAGCUCUUGGCUGGCUUCUAUAUCUAUCCGCUACAAACCGCGCCUUCGUCGAGCCUCCAUCGCCUGUAGAGCGCAUCGAGGCAACCUCACGUGCUCUUCUUAUCGUGAAGAGCAAGCUUAGCGCUCUCGGCAUCGUCAAGAACACUGCGCUGCGUGAUGAGGAUCUUCGAUCACGAAGCCAUGCCUACUGGAGCCACGAAGUGCGCCUCAUGGGCGAGGUCAUGGAGGAAAGGGAGGUUGUGGAGGGAGUCAACGAUGCAUUGACUAAUCGCAUUGACGUGGCGACCAUAACGAGGGACGCUGAAGGAUAUGCACAGAAUGUAUUGCACUCCUUGCGUGGAGAAACGGCAGACGGCGAUAGUAUCUAA